AGAGAAGACUGGCAGAGGAGCGCCUGGACAGCAGCAGCAGCAGCUGACUUUCUAGAUCAAGCGCGCCUUGGGGCCCCAGGCUUGGGAGUGAGCCGAUGGCCCACGUUCGAGAAGCGUCCCGGUCCUCCCGCUCCGUCGCCUGUUGGAGUUCGGGAGGUGGUCGAGGAGCCUGUUUGGAGCAGGCGGCUGAGAAUGCAUCGAGAAUGGAGCAGACGAUGCGGGGUACACAGGGAGCCCAGGAGAUGAAGCCGGAGCUGUGGCCGGAGCCCAAGCCCACGUCGGAGAACUUAACAAGUAGGGGCAGUGGCAGCGAUGAGAAGGUGCUCCCUUCUAUCCCGGCUGCUUGUCACACCAGCUCCAGCUCGGUUUGCCCGCGCCGCAAGCCCCGCCCUCGGCCCCAGCCCAGGUCCCGCUCCAGGGGAGGGCGUGGGCUCAAGGCCCCACCCCCGCCUCCCGCCAAACCUCCGCCUCCCCCGCCAGCGCCACCACCUCCACCCCCGCCCCAGCCGCGGUCGGUGGCCUGGCGCAAUUCCAGGCGUAGAUCCAGGCCUGGAUCCAGACCCCCAACACGGAAAAGCUACUCUAGUGACCAAGGCUGCUCUGGGGAUUUUGAUGGCGCAGAGUACAGGUUACUGGAGGUAGGGUCUAAUAAGGGUCCCAGCGGCUGCUCUCACAUAGAGAGCUUUAAAGUAGCUAAAAACUGGCGGAGGAACCUGCGGAUGCUCUAUCAGCGUUUCAUUUGGAGUGAAACCCCGGAGACUAGGAAGCGUAAGGCAAAGUCAUGCAUCUGUCAUGUAUGUAGUACACAUAAGAACAGACUCCACUCUUGUCUGUCCUGUGUAUUUUUCGGAUGCUUUACUGAGAAACAUAUUCAUACUCACGCAGAAACAAACCAACACAAUUUAGCAGUAGACCUCUAUCAUGGGGUUAUAUAUUGCUUUAUGUGUAAGGAUUAUGUAUAUGACAAAGAUAUAGAAAAAAUUGCCAAAGAAACAAAGGAGAAAAUUCUGGGACUGUUAAUGUCCAGUGCAGGAGAUUUAUCAUAUCAGCAGCUAAUGGCAUAUGAGGUUGAAGAAAAUCAAUCAACCUGUGAGUCAAAUCAGGAAACCAGUUUGGUAAAACCCAAGAAAAAGAGGAGGAAAAAGACAGUGUAUUAUACUGUAGGCCUCAGAGGGUUAAUUAAUCUUGGGAAUACUUGCUUUAUGAACUGUAUUGUCCAGGCACUUACCCACAUUCCGCUACUGAAGGAGUUCCUCCUUUCGGACAAGCACAAAUGUAUGAUGACAAGCCCCAGCUUGUGUUUGGUCUGCGAGAUGGCUUCACUUUUUCAAGCUAUGUACUCGGGGAACCAAAGUCCUCAUAUUCCCUAUAAAUUACUGCACCUGAUAUGGAUCCAUGCAGAACAUCUAGCUGGGUACAGGCAACAGGAUGCCCAUGAGUUUCUCAUUGCAAUAUUGGAUGUGUUGCAUAGACACAGCAGAGAUGAUGGCAUCGAGCCAGAAGGUAACUCCAACUGCUGUAAUUGCAUCAUAGACCACAUCUUUACAGGUGGUCUGCAGUCAGAUUUGACAUGUCAAGUCUGUCAUGGUGUCUCUACUACUAUAGACCCAUGCUGGGACAUUAGCUUGGAUUUGCCUGGGUCUCAUACCCCAGGGAGGGCAAGUACAUCGAGUAGAGAUGGCCAGAAGCCACGAGUCAUCUCACUUACAGAUUGCCUGAAGUGGUUUACAAGGCCCGAAGACCUAGGUAGCAGUGCCAAAAUCAAAUGCAGUCGAUGCCAAAGCUACCAGCAAUCUACCAAACAGCUCACAAUGAAGAAAUUACCGAUUGUGGCCUGCUUUCAUCUGAAACGGUUUGAACAUUUAGGCAAACAGAGACGCAAGAUUAAUACUUUCAUCUCAUUUCCUUUGGAGCUGGACAUGACUCCCUUUUUGGCCUCUACUAAAGAAAGCAUCAUGAAAGGCCAGCCAUUAACAGAGUGUGUGCCCAGAGAGAAUAAGUAUUCUUUGUUUGCAGUGAUUAACCACCAUGGGACUUUGGAAAGUGGCCAUUAUACCAGCUUUGUCCGACAGGAAAAGGACCAGUGGUUCAGCUGUGAUGACGCCGUAGUCACCAAGGCUACAAUGGAGGAGUUACUCUAUAGUGAAGGGUAUCUACUGUUCUAUCACAGGCAAGAUAUAGAGAAAGAAUAAUCUUACCCAGAACGAUUUCCAGACCAAAAAAUAAAUAAAGUUUAAAAAAAAAGUAAAAAAUAAGAAAGAAAACAAAA